GUGCCGUGAGAGCCCCGCUCCUCCAGCGGUACUGUACUGUAUAUGGCCUACUGCAGCUUCACACACAAGGCGUGGAGGCGAUGACACCGGCGCUGUCCUACAUCCACGCAGUCUAGAUCGCACAGGAGGAUUUGAUUUCUUCCGUCCUGUAAACACGGCUCUGAUCAUGAUGGCUCUGAUCACUGCACCCACAGGGACACGCUGGAUCGGAGCUGCUUUUACAUUCAGUGCACUAUGGGUAUGUGCGCUCUCCAUUACUCGCUACUCUAUUCCAGAGGAAAUGGAAGAGGGUUCCUUUGUUGCCAAUCUGGCCACAGAUCUGGGUCUGGAUAUUCGCAGUUUGGUGCAACGGGAGGCGAAACUCGAUGUCAUUCACAGCAAAAAUUACCUUGACAUCAAGAAAGACACCGGUGAGUUAGUGAUCCGAGAGAAGAUAGACAGAGAAAACAUAUGCACGACUAAAACAACCUCAUGUUUCCUAAAAAUGGACGUCAUUCUUGCAAAUCCUAUUCGUAUUUUUAACAUCGAGCUUGAAAUCAUGGACAUCAACGAUAACGCACCAGUGUUUCGCAGAAAGACAAUGCAAUUGGACAUUUCCGAGGCAACCCCUCCCGGUGAGAGAUUUUCAUUGACAAAUGCUGUGGAUGCAGAUGUGGGGGCCAAUUCAGUCAAGACUUACUAUCUUAGUGAAAGCAAAUUCUUUAAUAUUGACAUCCAGACUGGUAGUGAUGGCUCUAAAUAUGUUGAUUUAGUGUUGAAUGCAAAUCUGAACAGAGAAGAGCAUGCAGUUCAUAAUUUGAUUUUAACCGCUGUGGAUGGAGGGGUUCCUCCCCGAUCCGGCACAGCCAGCAUCAUAAUUAAUGUCCUGGAUAUCAAUGACAACGCCCCCCUCUUCAGUCAGCCGGUAUUUGCAGUCAAUGUUUCAGAGAAUGCAGCUGCAGGGACUGUGGUCAUGACCUUAAACGCAUCAGACUUAGACGAAGGCAGUAACGCAGAGCUGAUCUACUCCUACACCCUGUACACCUCUGAGAAGACUCAAGAGCUCUUCUCACUUGACCCAAACUCAGGUGAGAUCAAGGUGAAAGGAGUAAUCGAUUACGAGGAGAUUCAGAGUUUUGAGAUGCAUAUCCAGGCUCAGGACAGAGGGGCCAACCCGCUGUCAGGACACUGUAAAGUGAUGGUGUACAUCACAGAUCUGAAUGAUAACUACCCCGAAGUGACUAUCAAGUCUCUGAAGAACGCAGUGGCUGAAGACGUGUCUGUGGGGACGCUCAUUGCUGUGGUGAGCGCCAGCGACAGGGACUCUGGAGUCAACGGGGAAGUGGCGCUCACUUUGAACCACCAAGAAAUCUUACCGUUCCUCCUGAAUAAAUCCUCAGAGGGUUACUUUGAGCUGCUGGUUUCAAAGCCACUGGACAGAGAGAUAAUAGGGAAAUAUGACAUCAUACUGAGGGCGUCAGACAGAGGAGUCCCACCUUUAUCGGAAAAUUUAACCAUCACUUUAGAUAUUCUGGAUGUCAAUGAUAACGCACCCAUGUUUUCUCAGUCUUUUUACACCAUCCAUGUUGUGGAGAAUAAUGUACCAGGAGCGUUAUUGACAUCUCUCAGUGCAUUUGACCCAGAUCUCAAUGAAAACCAGUACUUGGUCUAUUUCAUCAUGGAAAAGGAGAUUGUGAACACGUCAAUGUCAAUGUUGUUCUCCAUCAAUCCAGAGAAUGGUGAUCUUUAUGCCUUGAAGACAUUCGACUAUGAGAGAGAAAGGGAGUUUCUUUUCCACAUAGAGGCUAGAGACUCUGGUGUUCCUCCACUGAACAGCAACGUGACGGUUCAUAUCAUCAUCCUGGACCAGAACGAUAACACCCCCCUCAUCGUGUCGCCAUGGCGAGCUCAGGGUUCUGUUGUGGAGGAGGUGAUACCAAGGUCUACAGAUAAGGGACAUUUGGUGGCCAAAGUGAUCGCCAUCGACGCAGAUUCUGAGCAGAACUCCAGGGUGACGUACCAGCUCUUGCACAUCAGCGAUAUGACGCUUUUCAGCCUGGACCAGUACAACGGCGAAAUCCGAACAACGAGGAUGUUCAGUUACAGAGACCCCAGACAACAGCGACUGGUGAUUGUCGCCAAAGACAACGGCGAACCCGCUCUGUCCGCCACCGUCACUAUCAAGAUAUCAACAGUGGAGCAUGUGAUGUCAUUUUCAGAGACCACAGAGUUGCCAAUAGACUAUCAUGUUUUCACAGACGUAAACCUGUAUUUAGUUAUCGGUUUGGGGGCUGUGUCCUUCUUACUACUAAUCACCAUCUUAGUUAUUAUUUUGCUGAAGUGUCAGAAACCAAAGCCAAAGGCCAUUAAGAUCCCCCCUGCUAAUAGGAACAGUGUGAUCAGCAGAAACAGCGUGAUCAGUCAGAGAAGCUCCACCAUUGCAGAUUCCACCCUGAUCUCCAGCGAUGCCUACUGGUAUAGUUUAUUCUUAGCAGAAACCAGAAAAGGUAAAGUGGUUGUGAGACAGCCAAUAAUCCCCAAAGGAGCGGGGUACUUUGUGUCCAGUAUACCGAGGAGCAUAGGGCCCAGUGAAACCACAGACUCCAGAGCGUCCACAUUGGAGUACUCAAAAUGAAAGGAAGUCCAUUCUACAACUGGAGCAGGGACCCAGAAGAGAACUGCCAUGAUAUAAUCAUCUCUUCAGAGAAGUCUCUAGCGGGUGUUCUUCCUGGUGACUCACAAAGAUGACGUAAAACAGCUGUCCUCCCUCAGACCCACUGACGCAACCAAUCUAUAGCUCCUCCAUUCAUACCUACAGAUGUCAACUAUAAGUCGCCUCAGCAUUUGACCUUCUUUUCUCUGUUAAGCAUGAAUCUGCAUGGCUCUACGACAUGUUCAACAUACUUGAACAUAGUAUUAAAAUCAUACAUUGCAGAGUAUGUGGACAUUCUACAGUGGACUCAUACAACCAUUAAGUUUUCAUACUUUGAAACCUUGAUCUGAUUUAAUGGACAAAACUGCCUUCACUCCAGGUUUGUGUUGUGUGCUGUUGUUCUGGAAAUCAUCAAUAGAUAACCGUACCUAAGUUCACAAUCUUUCAUUUCGUUCAUGUGAAGGUUAAACGAGCCUAUCACAACGUACACACAUAAAUCAGGGUUAAUAUAUUUCUUCCAUAAAUCUAAUCAAAUACUGAACUGUAGCUGUUAAUAGUGAGUCAGGCUUUGUACUUGGUGUUUUUUUGUUUUUUCUUUCCUUUUCUUUUUAUAAACAUUUAUAAACAUUUCCACUCCAUUACAAGCCUUAUACUACAGUAAGGCUCAUAGUUUAUUACUUGUAGCUAGAGUAGUUAAAUUUCAGAUUACUUUUAACAGUUUCUUACAGUGUUUGUUGUUGUUCAACAUUGAUGAAUGUGUGAAAAGAAAACACAAGUUAAGUGGCAUAAAAAAGGGAAAGAAUUUUUUUUCUAUUGGUUUCUUUGGUUGUAGUUAAUUUUAAAGUAGGUUUAAGGAAAAGAAAAUAAUGUUAGAGAAGGAAGCAUUAUCAGGGUUGUAGCUCUACUGGAACUGACCACACACACACACCUUUACAAACCUAAGGUGUAUAAUAUAUAUCGACGUCAAUGCUGUUACAAAUGAUCUGAACGGUCACACAGUUAGCUUUAAGUCUGGCUGUAUCAGGUAGACCUGUCUGCAAUAAUUAUUUAUCAAGGUAAGAUUACAAUUUUAUUGAGGUUAAGAGAGUAGAAUAUAGUAUGCUGACAGAAAUCUGUUUGCAGCAUGUAAACACAAAACAUCCAUAAUACCUUUCAUUAAAAUAUCAAAACAAGUGUAAAAAAAAAAAAAAAAUUCUCACUUUUCCAAGAUCUGACUCAUAUGGAAGCUUUUGGCUUUAUAUUUUUCCCAGGCAAAUUAAAGAUUAUAUACAUAUUCAGAGAUGAAGUACAUCUUAAUCAAUUACAAAUAUAAUUAAAAAGAAAGAACAAAAAAUAUUUUGUAAUGAUAAAUACUCUGUUUAUUGAAAAGAAUACUGAAAUGAUUUUAUCUUUGCCAUGGUACAGUCGAAUACAAGAUCCAGGCAAGGUGUUGUUUUAUGAAUAUUCCUGUUUUUAUAAAUAUUUUAUGUAUUAACUUUUAAUGCUGCUUUUGUGAGCUUCUUUAAGGGAAUUUUGUGUUGCGUAUUUGUAGUUUGGUGCAUACGAUGUUGUUUUGAUAGUGUAAAUAACUACUUUUCUUGACCUGUUCGACCUCGAAGGUAGCGCUGUUGCACUACUACAAAGUCCAGGACUUUAUGUUCUCAGAACCAAGGAGCUUAUUAGGAAUGCUUAUUGAUAUGCUAAAUGAUGACAUCGAAUCUGAGAAGAGCAAAGUGUUAUCUAAAGUUGCAGUUUUCCAGUGUUAAAAAAUAGAAUGCACCGCUGAUCCCAUAGACUGUGCAAGUAUUAAGCAGAUGGCAGCACUUUGAGAUAUGCACUGAAUCUAAAUGUGAUUUCAGCACUCAGUAAUGCAGUGAAGACAGAAUAUUCCUGGAUGUAUCAAGCUACAUAUUCUGAGUCAGUGAAACCGAAUCUUUCUUUUCCUGUGUCACUGCUGCCUGGUGUUGAUGCUACACCAGACAGACGUGACACUGUUUGCCGUCUGUCAGACUAAGGAUGUGUCCUAAUGAGGAAUUACUUGCUGUGGGGUACGAGUUAUAUGUGCAAUCGACACUGAAAGUGGUGUAAAAAAUUGCACAACUGAUGAGCUCCUUGUGUGCCUUCUGCAUUGUCAAAGAAAAUGUUUGGAUGAAUGAAAUAAUGACAUAACAUACAGUAUUGCAAAUUACAGUUACCCCCAUGAUAAAACACAAUCUUGACUUGCUUAGGUGUUGGAUAGGAGCUCAGCCUUUUGGUUUCAGAGCAAAUGUUCUUAUUAGAACUAGUAGAUGCAUUUACUGUAAAUUUAAGUGCUUUAUACUUUGUGUUUUUAUACCGUAGACUUUUUGAUAUCUUCUGUAUUCACUGUGAUUGAAUGGCACGGGAGGUGCUUGUGCUACUUGCUUGAUAUAGUAAAACUGUUACUUCUCAUUCGUGUACACAGCUCAGUUUUUCCUCUGCUAAUUUGCCAGUCAGAUUGUACAAUAUGUCGUGAGAGUUGCAUCAAACGUAAUCCAGCUCCAUCCCACUUAGUGGAUUAAAGACAGUAUGGGAGAGAAUGACCUCGCUUUAUUUUCAAGUCUAGUUAAUUGUCGGAUUCUGAUGUUUCUUAUUUGGCUUAAAUGUUCUGCCUGAUCAUGCUAGUUUGAAUAAAGCUUUUUAAUCUGUC